AUGACCCGGCAGCAGGGCGCCAUGGAGAGCGGCGACCAGGGCUCGCCCCUGUCGAUCCGCCUGCACGAGGGCGAGUGCGCAGAGGGCCCCGGCAGACCCCUGGAGGUGAACGCGCCAGAGGGCAUCCCGUUCCGCUGCGCCGGCUUCGAGGGGCACGUGCUGUUCCUGAACCGGCCGCAUCCUGAGCCGCAGGGCGACGGCUGGCCCUACGCGGAGCACUUCGUGGGGAAGGCGCGGCGGUUCGAAUUGCGCCUGCAGGGCCGGUUCCUGUCCGACCCGGGCUCCGCGGAGGACAUCUUUUUCGGCAUUGAACUCACAAAGGUGGUCGGCAUGAGCUGGGCGCUGAGAUCCACUGCGAACUGGAUUAUGAACGUGGUCAGCCUCCUGUGCGCCGCCAGGGGCGUCUCCUACUCCUAUAGCCUGGAGAUCUCGCACCUGCCCGACGGCGACGUCCUCAG